AUGUACGAAGGGAUUGACAACCUGAAAUCCCUUUACGACCGUGCCGGGAAGACUUUCUCCAGCGGUCCUUCUGCGGCACAGGAUGUGCCGCAUCGUACUGCUCAACCAGACCCAGUACGUCAGCCAUCAGUUGGGAGCGGGGCUCCCAAGUAUCCCAGGACGGGGGAUAGCCGCGCCACCGGACGAGGUAACUCGUCCGACGUCCGUUUAUAUCGCGGUGGUUCAACAGCUGCUCAACCAGAUAGCGCUGGCCACCGCGAGAGCCCUCUAAUGGAGGUGGAGGAGGAGGGAAAAUGCUCUCCACACUGUCAUGGGGAUCCGUGUGUUCCCGAGAGCUUCUUUGAUCGCGUAACGCAAGGGUUACGCGGCGAUCUUGAACAUGAGCGGGACAGGCGUCUUCAACUGGCGGACGCUGUCUUGAAGCAUCGAGCUGAGUUUGCGUUUGCUCAUCUUGAGAACGAGAGAGCUCUGACGUCUCUUCGUGACGAGCUAAGGGUAGCUCGUGGGAUUGUUGAUCGGUCUCGGGAUGAGAUAGCUGCUCUUCAGACCCUUGUCGAUGGCCACCAUCGGGAGCACAAGGCUCUCGGCGAGAUGCUUGAGCGCAAGGGCGUUCUUCAUCGGAAGAAGCAGCGUACUGAUGGUACGGCUUAA